AUGUUUAAACCAUCCAAAAAUCGGAUUGGUCUGUCAACAACUUCAUCCUCACCCACACCCUCAUCGAUUCAUUUAGUAACGGGUUUACUUGUCAACAGUGAGCACGCUUGGAAUAAAAACGAUGAUCGUAAAAAUGAAAGUGGUUCUUGGCUAUUAAAUCCAUUCUUCGAUCGUCUCAAUAAAACUGUUUACAUUUCAGAUGUUUUAAUAACAGAGAAAAAUAUCGUUUCUUCCGUAAUAUUAAAUCGAUAUGGAACACAAACGUGGCAAAACUAUCUUUUAAAAUCUUUAUCAAAUCGAGAUGAUAUUGAUCUAAGACCAUUAGCUCAAUAUAAAAAAAGUCAAGAAUGUCCGUAUUAUUUGACAUAUAUUAUCGAUCAUUAUUACAAUCUACCCGAGAUAAUUCUCUUUUCUCAUGGUCGUCCGCAGGUUCAUAACCCACACAUUCUUAAACAUUGGUCAUGGUUUAUUGAUCGAGUACAACAAGACAUCGAUCAUCAAUUUUUCAAUGCCUCUGUCGGAUUUCUCAGUUCUAAUUGUGGUAUCUAUGUCAAAAGAUUCAUACGAAGUCGUCCUAUUCUUGAUUUACUUGGCUAUAAUCGAUCAAUGAAUCCAUUCGCGAAUCAAAUUCGAGCAUUAUCUGUGGGCACUUAUUGUUGUGCACAAUUUAUCGUUCAUCGUUCUCGUAUUUUACAACAUUCGAUCUCAUUUUGGCGUUUGGCCUUGAAAAUCUCUAUCGACAUGAACGAUUGUUCCCAUUUUGAGCACUUAUGGCACAUAUUCUUCGGUGAAUCUGAUGAACUUGACCCAAAGAAAAGUCUUGCUGUAUGGUAUGAAGAUGCACAUCCUCAUUUCAAUGAAUAUUGCCAAAUAAAAUUUCUUGGCGAAUAG